AUGGGCGCAAUCAAUUUGAAGGCAGCAUACCAGGAGUCUUACGUGAUAUUUGGCAAAGAUGCGGAGUGCGUUAUUCGAAAAUGGCUCCUGUCUAAUAUUGUUUAUCCAUUUAACUGUACCUUAUCCUACCUAUCGGAUAUUAGUCAUCUACCGCCAACGACAGGUACUUGUACACCAGAUAUUAUUGCUGAUAACUACUAUAACAACAUACAACUGGUUUGGAAUAGUGCAAGUGUCAGUGAAGAGUGUAUACCUGGUUGUCAUCGAUGGGAUUACCAGACUGCACUUCAACAAAGUCAGACACUAGUCCCAUUCUCAGAUUAUACCUUCAACCUCGAAGCUUCUUUCAAUGAUUUGCAGUACGAAUACGUACGUGAGGUGUACACCACGUCAGUGCCAGGAUUCAUGUCACAAAUAGGAGGGCAAUUCGGCUUUUUCCUUGGACUCUCAAUUAUUACUCUACUACAGAUGAUACUUUAUGGGGUUCACUUCCUAGUUUCGGCUAUCGCUGACAGAGCUAAGCAAAUCUAUCUAUUGUCGACUUCAUUUACUUGUUCGAAUGGUAGCGCAAAAAAAGACGGUGAAGAUUCUCCAGUGGCUCAAGACGGUGUUACAGUGCUUGCUUUGGAACCACUGGAUGCCUCGUUUCCAGUGUCAGUUGACAUCGACAACCUCAGAGCUCAAAGGAAAAACUACAAAUCUCGGGUUCCUCAUGUUGCUAAUAUUUUUAAUAUCCAAUGA